AUGUAUGGUGGCUUGGCACUGAUUAGUUAUCAGCCAGCCACUAUCACAGGGAAAGAAAAACCAACAAAAAAGAUGCAGGCUCAGCCACCACAGCAGGCGUCAUCAGCCAUACUGGAAACAUCUGCGCAAGCAUCUGUCGAUGGCUCUGAGAAGAAAGAUUUCCCGCUGAAAUUUUGUACUGUUUGUGCUAGUAAUCAAAAUCGUUCAAUGGAAGCCCACCUCGUCCUCUCACUCGCAUCCUACCCCGUGAUCUCGUUCGGCACCGGCUCUGCUGUCCGUCUCCCUGGUCCGUCAAUCGACAAACCUAACAUCUAUGCCUUCAACUCUACUACCUACGAUGAAAUGUAUCAAGAGCUCAAGCACAAAGAUCCGCGUCUUUACACUGCUAAUGGACUCCUGGGAAUGUUGGAUCGGAACCGGCACAUCAAAGGGAGCCCAGAAAGAUGGCAGGACUGGAAAGUUGGCGUGCCGAGAAAGGAUGGAGUUCAAGAUGGGGUUGUUGACGUAGUUUUUACGUGCGAGGAAAGGUGCUGGGAUAUCGUAGUAGAAGACCUCCUCAAUCGCAAUUCGCCACUAAACCGCCUCGUCCAUAUCAUAAACGUGGAUAUCAAGGAUAACCAUGAAGAAGCCGUCGUAGGGGGCAAGGGUAUUCUUGAGUUAGCUCAUAUGCUGACUGCCGCCGCGAAAGAAGAGAGGGAGAAGUAUGGAGAAGCGUAUAUGAGGGAUAGCGUGGACAAGAGGGUGCCAGAAGUUUUGGCCAGCUGGCAAGAAAAGUUUCCAAAUCUUCCAGCGUUGUGGACGGUUGGAUAUUUUUAG